AUGGUUGAACCAAAAAAACCCAUCCGAUCUGGAAAAGCCCCUGUUGAACGACCCAAUAAUGGGUUUACCACUGAGCGCUCAGUUGGCGGCGAGCGUCGUUCCAUCCGCCACUAUCACGAUGGUCGAGUAUCGCAACGUGAGAGUCCUACCCCUGGCCCACUAUCGCGACACGAGAGUCCUGUCCCUGGCCCUGUUCAAGCACUAAUCAAGAGCAAGAUUAUCUCGCGAGGUGAAAGUCCUACCCCUAGCCCGUUAUCGCGAAAUGAGAGUCCUGUCCCUGGCCCUGUUCAAGCACUAACCAAGGGCAAUACUAUCUCGCGACGAGAGAGUCCUAUCCCUGGCUCUUUUCGGGAACCAACAAAGAGCAAUAUUAUGUCGAAGACAAACAGCACUAGACCUGUUUCCAAGCUCAGGGAACAGGAACCUGAACCGGAAUAUAAAUCUCCUACUCUCGCCGAAAUUGAGAGACUCUCCGGUGCUGUUACUACACUCUUUCAUCCAGACCGUUCUAAGCCUUUUGAGAAGCCUCCCCCGAGGACAGAGAGCCCACAGUCAUGGAGUUCUGAGAGCUCAUACGGCAUGGUUACUCCACCCUUCCCUGUAGCCUCUCCUACUCCUGGAGAUUCACCCGAACUCAUGAGCACAGAUGUGUUUCUCCUUCCAGCGACUGCUAGAUCUGAUGGCUCAGACGAUGAUGCUGACAGUAUUUCAAAGCAGUGGAACGAACUGGGCGGAAAGAAACGGAUUGGAAAUUCAGAUAUUCACGACUAA